AUGAAAAACCAGGAAAUUCAGCUGAGUUUUUAUCUCCUGUUUCUUGCUCUUCUCCCACUCUCUACACUCGCCCGCCCAAUCGUCCUCGUACUCACCCAAGACGAUCUCUCCGAUCCCACCGCCACACAUAAUCUCUCCUCACUAGAUGACUUCGUCGUCAAUUCAUCGGACUUCGACGACUUCCCUGAUUUCGAAUCUCGAAUCGACUCCGUCAUUGACCCUGGCUCUUGGUCCCCCGUAUUGGAAUCCGAAAUGGAUGAAUCUAAUAACGCGUUGAUUAAUAGUGAAUUGAUCUAUUAUAGUGUGGUGAGGCUGAUGGUGGAGGCGGCGAGUAGGGGUGAAUACAGGCUGAUUGAGGAGGCAGUCUCUGAGAUCGAUGCAACGAGUACUGGCGGUGACCCGCAUGCACAGUCGGUUAUGGGGUUUUUUUAUAAUACAGGGAUGACUAGGGAGAAGAACAAAGCUAAGGGGUUUUUGUAUCAUUAUUUUGCGGCGCAGGGUGGGAAUAUGCAGUCGAAGAUGGCGCUUGCUUACACUUACUAUAGCCAAGAAGUAAGCUUCGAAAUUAGUGCUGCUUAA